AUGCCGCGCGGUAAAAUCGAACUCGACGAUGACCAAAAAUUCGCACUGAUGAAGUUUCGUAGAAGUGUACACGAUAUUUUAGAGCCUCAACACGACGAUUAUUAUUUACUGCGCUGGUUAAGAGCUAGAAAUUGGAAUGCCGAAGCGGCGGAAAAAAUGAUAAGAGAGUCCUUCCUGUUCCGCAAACAAAUGGAAAUCGAUUCCAAAUUGAUGUCCUGGGAACCCCCGGAGGUCAUAAAACUCUACCACCCCAGCGGAACUUCGGGCUGCGACAAAGACGGCGCCCCAGUGAUAAUUAUACCAUUCAAAGGAUUCGAUCCGAUCGGUUUUCUCAAUUCAACUUCGAAGAUCGAUUUGCUCAAGAUAGCCGGUAAAAUAUUGGAGACGAAUUUAAAAAUGGCCGACGAGACGGGGGAUAGGCAAUUGGUGGUGAUUUUCGAUAUGGAAGGUUUCGAUAUCAGGCAAUACGCCUCCAGGCCGGCCGCUGAAAUAGCGAUAGCUUUAAUACAAUUAUACGAAGCAAAUUACCCGGAAAUCCUUAAACAAUGCUACAUAAUAAACGCUCCUCGAGUGUUUUCGAUAGCUUUCAACGUAGUGAAGAGAUUCAUGAACGGCUACACGUUGAGUAAAAUCCACAUAUUCAAAAACGAGCCGAAAAAAUGGAAACCAGUUUUACUAUCUACCAUCACUCCUGAUAAUUUGCCGGAGCACUACGGAGGCAAUCUCAGAGACCCCGAUGGGAAUCCCAAAUACACGACUGUGAUAAAACAAGGCGGAAAAAUCCCGGAGAGUUUCUACAAGAGGAACGUCGAGACGCCGGAUUUCGCUAAGGAAUUCAUCAAAACUGUGAUAAAAAAGGGCAGCAAAUUAGUAUUAGACUUCAUCGUAAUCGAAGAGGGUUGUUAUUUAAGGUGGGAUUUCAAGACCGAAGGGCACGACAUUAAAUUCGGGGUGACCCUAAAGGACGAGAACGGCGUCGAGAGCCCCGUCGUCCGGUACAAGCGCGUCGCGGCGCAUCAGAUCGACGAAAGCGGCGUCAUAGCGUGCCAGGCACCGGCUACUUAUUUCGUGACGUUCGAUAACACCUACAGCAUAUUCAGGAACAAAAAGUUGACCUACAGGAUUUGGGUGACUCCGCCUAUAGAGAAAUUGGACAUCAUACCGAAGGAGUACGAUCUGAAGAAGCUGAAGUCCUCUUUGGAGGAGGACAUGAUGGCCCAGCCAAUGGCAGAAGAUACCGAUAGCAAUGCUAAUGAUAUAGGAAAUUAA